CCAGGCUGGCGCUCGCCUCCAGCCCCGUGGAAUUGGAGCCGAGGAGGAGCUGAAAAUGCAGAUUUAGCAUCAAGCACAGACACACACUAGCUCUUUCUCUCGGGUACACACAGCUCCGCACAUUCGCACCCCUGCCAGCCACCGGGGUUGCACGACUCCAGGACUUCCCUGGCAGCCAGCUGCCGGUGGACAGCGCACAGAUUAGCUGUUUGCUGAGCUUUUCUUCUGCCUCUUUUGCCAUACAAAGGUUUUUUAAAAGAAAAACAGAAACAAAAACUACAUACCUAAUUUUUAUUUGCAUCUUCCCUCCUCGUCCCCUGCUCUACCACCCUGCGCGCCUCGCAGCCCCACUUUUCACUCCCAAAGAAGGAUGGAGAGCGGUUGUGGAUCCCAGUGGAAGGCGGCCGGGCUCCUCUUCUGUGUCAUGGUUUUUGCGUCUGCCGAGAGACCCGUCUUCACGAAUCAUUUUCUUGUGGAGUUGCAUAAAGACGGAGAGGAAGAGGCUCGCCAAGUUGCAGCAGAACAUGGCUUUGGAGUCCGAAAGCUCCCCUUUGCAGAAGGCCUGUAUCACUUUUAUCACAAUGGCCUUGCAAAGGCCAAACGGAGGCGGAGCCUACACCACAAGCAGCAGCUGGAGAGAGACCCCAGGGUGAGUUCUGCUGAGACACCUGCAUCUUUCUUGAUCCCACCUGCUACCCAGUAGAUGUGGAGGGCAGAC